ACAAACUGGGAAUCACACUAGGAAACUAUCAACACUAGCUACAGAGCAGUGCUCACGUGCAACAGUCAAGAGCAAAGCAGAAGACGCUCUCUCAGGUCUCUCUCAGGUCGCAAACCAGAAAGCCUCAGGUGACUUUCCAUAACCAUGGCAAAGGUUUACAAGAAGACUAGUGGCAAUGGUUCGUUAUGCCUUUAUUUGGGGAGAAGAGACUUUGUGGACCAUGUGGAACAUGUUGACCCAGUUGAUGGGGUGCUCAAAAUUGAUCCUUCAGCUCUUAAUGGAAGGAAAGUGUGGAUACAGCUUGCAUGUGCCUUCCGCUAUGGACGAGAGGAUCUGGAUGUGAUUGGAGUUUCCUUCAGAAAAGACAUCUGGAUAAAGCGCAUUCAGAUGUAUCCCUUUGAGGGAACCAAGAACCCAAACACUCCAAUGCAGGAUGCGCUUUUGAAGAAAGCUGGAGACCAAGGACAUCCCUUCACUUUUGAUAUUCCAGUACAUUUCCCAUGCUCAGUGUCCCUUCAGCCAGCACCAGAGGAUGCCGGGAAGCCUUGUGGAGUUGACUAUGAAGUCAAAGCCUAUAUUGCAAAUGAAGAAGACGAGACAGAUGAAAAAGUUGACAAGAAGGACACUUGCCGUCUGAUUAUUCGUAAAAUCCAGUAUGCACCAAAUGAGCUAGCAGCUGGACCCAAAACCGAUCUCAACAAACAGUUUAUCACUGCAGACAAACCAAUUCAUGUGGAGGCCUCCAUGGAGAGAGAGCUCUACUAUCAUGGAGAUCCCAUUCCUAUCAAAGUGAAAGUGAAUAAUGAGACCAGUAAAGUUGUGAAGAAAAUCAAAAUCAGCAUUUACCAAAUUACAGAUGUACUGCUUUACUCAGCGGACAAAUACGACAAAUGUGUUCUGAAUGAAGAAUUUGCGGAUCAAAUUAAUGCGAACUCCACCUUUGAGAAGGAAUAUAGAGUCACUCCUCUGCUUACCAAUAACAAAGAGAAAUGUGGUCUUUCACUGGAUGGCAAACUGAAAGAUGAAGACACCAACUUGGCUUCUUCAACAAUUCUGCUACCCAACAUGGAUAAACAAAUACAAGGCCUUGUUGUUUCCUACAAAAUUAAGGUUACCCUGAUGAUGGGAGGUGGUCUCUUGGGAAGCCUAACAUUAAGUGAUAUUACCGCUGAACUCCCCUUGGUUCUGAUGUCACCUAAACCAGCAGAAGUGACUGAUAUCAACCUUGAAUAGACUCUACAGCCAGUGACAGAGAGGAGCAAGUCAGAAGGAGAGACACUCAGGAGUAGAUGCAGAUUCCAAACAACUUCAUUUCAUGAGCCAUAGACUAUAGAUGCUUCCUUGUUGCAAAUACCUGUGUAAAAGGAAUUAGCUGUAUAAUGUUAAAAAUGGGCCAAAGGCCUUGUAGACUA